AUGUUAGAGGACGGGCCAUGGAUGAUAAGAAAUGUUUCGAUAAUUUUGAAGGAGUGGUCGGCCUCAGUUAAGCUAGAGAAAGAGGAUAUUCAAGCUAUUCCAGUUUGGGUAAAGAUGCAUGAUGUGCCGUUAGCGGCAUAUACUGAGGAUGGUAUUAGUUUGGUUGCCUCUAAGAUAGGUGUGCCCAAGAUGCUGGAUUCGUAUACUGCCACGAUGUGUGCUGAGUCUUGGGGCAGGAGCAGUUAUGCUAGGGCACUAAUUGAAGUUCAGGCGGGGGCUGAUUUAAAAAGGAGUGUUACGGUUGCAAUUCCUUCUUUAGAUGGUAAUGGUUACUCUAAGGUGGAGGUUAAAAUUGAAUAUGAUUGGGAACCUUUAAGGUGUUCUUCUUGCUGUGUGUUUGGCCAUGAAGAUAACUCGUGCCCAAAAAACCAUCAGGUGGGUUCGAAUGGGGAAGCUGGUAAGAAGGGUGAUGAUUUUCAGGUUGUGGAUUCCAAAAAGAAGAAAGCUAACAACCAAGGCCUCCACAUGAAAAAUCAGAAAUCCAAGUUUGUUUAUAGACCAAUUAUCAAUCCAAAACCAAAACAACCCUUGAGGAGUUCGAACCAGGUUGCAACAUCUAACCCUUUUGAUGUCCUCAAGGACGAUAAUGGAGAUCAGGGAGGUGUCACUGUGGGUCGAGUGGAGAAAAAGGUUACUCAGUCGAACGGCAAGCAGGAUUCGGAUGAGGAGGAGGUUGUUGAAGUCUAUAAUGAAACUAGUGAGUUUAUGACUUCGGGUACACGUCCUUCAUCUUCAAGAGCCGGGGCAAGCACAUCUUCCACAAAAUUCAGCAACGGAUAG